CUUUCUCUCUCCUCCACACACACACAUACACACACAGUCCCAUACACAUUCGCAGCAGCUGUGCCGCUGUCAGUUCUGGAAUGUAAGCGCUGCCGUCAGGAGUCCGAUUCUCCAACCGCUAAGCGCCGAGACGGAGCAGCGCUCACUCAGACACACAGAUGGAUGCUAAGCAGAGCAAAACCAAAGAAACCUAAAGGACACGAGUGAAAGGAAAUACAAUGCCUGUUCUGCCAAGGCUACCUUCCAGCUUAUUUCCAUAAUUCACAAAUCAUUUUGGACAUUUCCCUGCUGAUUGGAUACCAUGAUAGGCAAUCAAGCUCUGCUCCUGUUGAUGCUCUAUUUCCUGUGGCCCAGUACUGCCCUGCCUUUCAUUACUGGGAAUAUUGGGAAUCUGUUUGGGAUGCCAGAGAGUGAUGGGAAGGUUCUUCAGCGUUCCAAACGGGGAUGGAUGUGGAAUCAAUUCUUUCUGCUCGAAGAGUACACGGGAAAUGACCAUCAAUACGUUGGCAAGCUGCACUCUAAUGCGGACAAAGGCGACGGCACCGUGAAGUACGUCCUGACCGGAGACGGGGCUGGCAGCCUGUUUCUGAUCGACGAGAAAUCCGGAGACAUCCACGCCACCAAGCGGCUGGACCGGGAAGAGAAAGCCAUGUACACGCUCCACGCCAAGGUCGUGGACAGAACCACGAACACAGAACUCGAACCCGACACCGAGUUUAACAUAAAAAUCCACGACAUCAACGACAACGCGCCCAGAUUUGAAAAGGAGGUGUACUAUGCCAGCGUUCCUGAAAUGUCUGAAGUUGGUACGUCUGUGGUCACAGUGACAGCCACUGAUGCCGAUGAUCAAACAUACGGAAACAGCGCCAAGCUGGUAUAUAGCAUCCUGCAGGGGCAGCCAUAUUUCUCUGUGGACUCAGAAAACGGAACCAUAAAGACAGCUCUGCCUGGCAUGGACAGAGAAGUGAAGGAGCACUACCAGGUUGUAAUUCAGGCCAAAGACAUGGCCGGACAGAUGGGUGGGCUUUCAGGGACCACGACAGUCAGCAUCACCCUCUCCGAUGUAAACGACAGUCCGCCACGCUUCGCUAACCAUUCCUUCCGAGUGACUACAGUGGAGUCUACGGAGAUAGGUGGAGCCAUCGGACGCAUCAAGGCCGACGAUCCCGAUGUGGGACACAACGCCGAGAUGGAGUACAGCAUCGUUGGCGGUCACGACACAUUCAACAUCAUCACCGACCAAGCGACGCAGGAAGGAGUCAUCAUUAUUAAAGAGGCGCUGGAUUAUGAAAGUAAGAGGGACUACGAGUUCAGAGUGGAGGUGAAAAACACCUACUUAGACGCCAGGUUCAUCCACGGCGUGCAGUUCAAAGACUACGCCACGGUCAAGGUGACGGUGGAUGAUGUGGACGAGCCGCCCGUUUUCACCCGUAACCCUUACAUCAUCGAAGUUCACGAGGACACGGCUGCCGGCAGCUUCGUCGGCGUUGUGCUGGCCAGAGAUCCCGACGCAGACAACAAGCCAGUGAAAUAUUCCAUUGACCGACACACGGAUCUUGAAAGGCUGUUCAACAUAGAUUCUGUGAACGGCACCAUCACAACACUGAAAUCCCUCGACAGAGAAAUGUCCAAAUGGCACAACAUCUCUGUGGUGGCCACCGAAAUAAGUAACUUCCUCCCUCAGUUCCCUAAACAUCUCUCUUCAGUCCUGAAAUAUGUGACAACAUUUAAUUUUUGUGUUUCAGACAACCCUCGGCAGACGACUCGAGUGCCCGUGUUCAUCAAGGUGUUGGACGUCAACGACAACGCUCCAGAGUUCGCCAUGUCCUACGACACCUUCGUCUGUGAAAAUGUCAAGGCAGGACAGCUGAUUCAGACAAUAAGCGCUGUUGACACAGAUGAACCGCUUGUCGGGCACAAAUUUGUCUUCAGCAUAAGCGCCACCAACCCAAACUUCACCAUCGUUGACAAGGACGACAACACUGCCAACAUCCUAACGAGGAGGGGCGGGUUCAGCCGGCGUGAGAUGAGCAUGUACUUCCUCCCCGUCGUGAUCUCAGACAACGACUACCCCAUCCAGAGCAGCACCAGCACGCUGGUGGUCCGCGUGUGCGCCUGCGACAGCCGCGGCAACAUGCAGUCCUGCAGCCCGGAGGUGCUGCCCUUCUCAGAUGGCCUCACCACCGGAGCGCUGGUGGCCAUCCUGCUCUGCGUGAUCAUCCUGCUCAUGAUCGUGGUGCUGUUUGCUGCCCUGAGGAGACAGAGGAAGAAGGAGCCUCUGAUCAUCUCCAAAGAGGAUGUCAGAGACAACGUUGUCAGCUACAACGACGAGGGCGGAGGAGAGGAGGACACUCAGGCCUUUGAUAUCGGCACGCUGCGCAACCCGGAGGUGAUGGAUGCUAACAAGCUUCGCAGGGACAUCAUACCCGAAAUGCUGUUUCCCUUUCGGAGGACAUCACCGAUAAAGGAUAACACGGAUGUGAGAGACUUCAUAAACGGGCGGCUGCAGGAGAACGACGCCGACCCCACGGCGCCCCCUUACGACUCCCUGGCGACCUACGCUUACGAGGGAACCGGGUCCCUGGCGGAGUCCCUGAGCUCGCUGGAGUCCGCCGCCACCGAGGGCGACCACGACUACGAUUACCUCAGCAACUGGGGACCACAGUUCAAAAAGCUGGCGGAGAUGUACAUAGGGAGGAGCCCCGACAGAGAGACCUAAACGAAGCCAUCCGUCUCUCUAUAAUCCAAACUCCUUUUCAAUGUCCUUUCGGCUUAUUAGCUAGCCAGACACCUGUUUGUCUAGUUAGUUAACUAGCCUGUCUGUCUUAAUAUCUAUCAAGCUACCUGUUUGUCUAGUUUGCUAGCUAGCUUGAUAGUCAACUGGUUGUCUGUUUGCUCCACCUUCAAAUGUGCGUGAAAAUGCACAAACUCAUGCGCACUAUAUUAAACCGUCAUGUGGAAGAUUACCUGGAAACGGGAAAGCUGUGUUCGAAAUGUUCACUCACAAAACUUUACUAGACGAUAAAUUGUCCUAGUAAUUAUCGCGAUAAACGAUAAUAUUGUUGUUUGAUGCCAUUUUAAAGUAAUAUAUAUCAUCAACUUCCUAAAAGUAAAUUUUGCCAAUUGUGAUGUGAAAACGGGAAAGCUAUGUUUGAAAUGUUUACAAAAUUUGAAUAAGAAAUUACCACAGUAAUUAUCGCAAUAAACGAUAAUAUUGCUGUUUUAGACCAUUUUCAAAUAAUAUAUAUAGUCAGCUUUCUACAAUUCACUUUUGGCCAAAAGUAAUGUGGAAAGCUAUGUUCAAAAUGUUCACUCAUUUUACAAGACAGUACAUUGUCAUUUUGAAACCAUUUUCAAAUAAUAUAUAUAUCGUUGGCUUCCUAAAAGUAAUUUCUGGCCAAAAAUAAUAUGGAAACGGGAAGCUAUGUUUGAAAUGUUCACUCAUAAAAUUUUUCUAGACGAUAUAUUGUCUCAACAAUAAUAUUGUUGUUUUAUGACCAUUUCGAAGUAACAUAUACUUCCUAAAAGUCCUUUUUUGUCAAAAGUGAUUCUUUUUUUCUUUGCCUAAGACAUCUUUUCAAAAAAAGAAGUUAGUUUUUUAUAUUCAUUAUAGCAUAAUUAUUUAAGAUCAGUAACAAUAACAAAAUAGGUGGAAAUUGUUUCCAUAUCAGUUUCUUUCAAUAAAAGUCUUAUGAAACUUUAGCUAAAACUGCAGGUGCGUCUCUGUGUCUGGUAAUUGUUUUGUUUUUCACUCAGUAGGAAGACAAUCCAAAAAUUUAACUCAAGUAAGAGUAGAAAUACUUUUAAUAAAAUUACUCAAAUAAUAGUAAAACUUACAUUUUUUUCAACAAAGUUACAGAAGUAAAUGUAACUAGUUUCCUUUUACUGGUUUCAAACCAAAACAAAAUGCCAAUAUUUGUAAACGAUUGGACAAUUCGAACACAGAGCGAGACUUGAAGUGAGUUUUCUAUAAGCAGAUCCAAUAUAAAUCUCAGUCUUUUGCUUUUUUUUGUCAUAAUCAGUAAAGAUGCCUUUAAAUUUUAGGACUUUUGUGAACAAUGGUGUGAAUAAUGUGUUUUGUAAUCAACAUGAACGAUAGUAGUAUUGUAUACUAUCAAUGUUAAAUGGUGCCGGUUAAAUGGUUAAAUUGGGUGGGAAACGGGGGAAGGAGUCCGACAGCUUUUCCAGACAACUCCAUUAAAUACUGUAAAUGUACAAAGUGUUUUUAUUGAUGGACAUCGUAUAAACUAUUUGCUAUAUCUGUUUGACGAACAAUGUUCAUGUGAAUGGUUGGUGGAGUUUCUUUUUGUCAAACUGUGAAUUCAUUUCAUCAUGUAGGUGUAAUAUGUAAUGGAAAGUGUAUGUUGUAGGAAACUGUCACACACUGCUUUCAUGCUAUUUGAAUGCUGAGUCAUAUUGUUUUAUAUUUAUAUUUUUAUACUUAUUUUCUUAAUAAAAUGAUCUAAAAAGGGUUAAGCCAUGCUUCUUUUCAGUUUUCCAAGAUUUUGUUCUGUAAUAGAAAUGUAACAACUACUACUUGAAAAUACUCAAAUAUGCUAAAUUUGUGAAGAAAUGAACAGUUUGCUUACGUAAAAUCACUUUGUCCAAUUUAAAGAUAUAUGUGGUUUAAUAGCAUAUUAUAAAUAUAUAAUGUAGAACAGUGCAAAAUUACCUGAAAAUGAAACUAAUAACAGAGAAAAGAGUCUAUUAUAUGUUUCUGCUCAAAAUGUUUGGUAAUAAAGUAUUUAAGCUUUUUGUCAAAUGGAUCAAAAUCAAAUCAAAAUUGCAUGCUGGUGUCAAAAAUACAUUUUUGAAAUUAAAAUUUAACACACAAAUUCAGUUUGUUGUUAGAAAAAUCAACAAUUUGGGAUCAAUAACAAAUAUCUUCUAAUUAAAGACCAAUAAAGUCCAGGUUUUAUUCAUGAGUUUAGCAAAAACAACAAUGCAGCAAAACAUAAUUUCUGUUACACUACUUAAACACCCCCCCUCUUUCAUUUGGCUCAAACACAAACAAAAUUAAGCUGAUAAAAGCAAUUAUUAUGAAUAAAGAUGUAGGAGAAAAAUUUGGAGAAACGUUUUCUGCAUUUAAUGUGAUCUGCAGACAUUAGUAGCUGCUUAAAAAUAUUUUAAGAAAUCCUCAUGUUGCCCCUGCAUUAAAAACAAACAAGUAUGGUUUGUAUAAACCCCCAUUUUUAAUUAGCCUCAUUUCCUUUUGUAUCUAGAUCUAGAAAAUACCAAUAUCCAGUUCAAAAUGAUCCAGAAACCCUCAAUUUCAGAAUAAAAGACUAAAAAAACUCUUCCUGUACUCAAUAAACUUACAGAGAGUUUUAAAACUCCAUUAAUCUGCAAAAGACACACCCCAAUGAUACUGCAACCACAAAUUGUCCAACUUUUGUUAUUACUCUGAGCCAGAAAGCUGUCAUUAAAAAUAAAGUGCUCUUGCUUUGGAAAGUUGAAUAAGAACUCCAUAAAUCGCACUUUAUGGAGUUAAGUGGUGAUUAGGUACACGUGUACAAGACAGUGCCUCCAAUCCAGCAGCCAAGCAAUUAAUCUAAUCCCUGUGAUGUUUUUAUGUCCAGUCAUUGCAGAAAGUAUUAAACUGUUUGUGCAGACGUCUUUGGGAAAA